UGACAGUGGCCCUUGUCGUUUUAAUUAUUUGUUCAUUUUUAUAAAGCUUUGACUAUGACAUUUCAUUAUUUCAUUUUCCAGAUAUCUUCUGCAGAAGUACAUUAGUAUUAGAAAGAAAUGUUCACCAUCAGCACCAUCUUUUGGGACCUUGUCUUCCUGUUUGCUUAUAUUCUGCAAAACUUUGGAAACUCGUCUGCAAGCUCGUGUACUUACACCAAGCACGGUAAUAACGCUGCAGCUCGACAACAAAGAUUAGAAUGUGGAGCAAAAUGCAACCUCAAUGUUUCUUGCUACGGCUUCACAUUUCACCCAAGUAAUGACUGCAACUUGCUUUACCUGGGAGACCUAUUACCUGAUGCUACUUAUCAUAUAAAACCGCUGAAUAUCUGGCUUCAAGAGGCUACAACAAAUGUUGCUGAAGGAGCAUUGGCUACACAGAGCACCUUGUAUCACCACUCUUUCCAAGCAUCGAUGUGUGUGGAUGGUAGAUUGGACUGUGGCCAUUCCCUCAUAAGUCACACAGCUAAUGAAAAGUUUCCGUGGUGGUCGGUCGACUUGGGCGCCAUAUAUACAGUUAGAAAAGUCGUCAUUUGGAAUACACAACAUGGUGGUUACGUUCAUAGACUACAUGACUUCGAAAUCCGCGUUGGAAAUGUGCCUGUUACGGAGGUUGGGAAACUUCUCACGAAGAAUCCACUCUGCAGUAAGCAUGUUGGAGGUGGAAUUACCACUGAACCUGUUACCUUCGUCUGUGACCAACCAUAUCCUGUUGGGGGACGUUACGUCAGUAUUCAGAUUAUAAAAUAUUGUAGCGGUUGCAGUGAACCAACUACAAAUUACUUGCACAUGUGUGAAGUCAAGGUGUACGGUUACAAGUUAUGAAACUUAUAUAUUUAUGCAGUCACUGUUUGAUCUAUGGACUUUGUUUUCUGUCAAUUAAUUCUAUAACGUUUUUAGAAAUAGAAUAGGCAUCUGUGAGAUAUCACUGUAGUUGAAAGUAAAAAUAUAUUCCAUACCAUAAUUAAAAGAUAAAGAAAACUGCAAAAUUAACUGGUAAAAGUGAGCAAUUUAUGAAAAUAUUUCAAAAUAUUUUGAACAUGCACAUUUCUAGCUACACAUGUGCUUUUAAGGAAUGUUAAAGGAAGUUAAGGAAUGUAGCUAAAUUCAGUUUCCUCUAUCUACCAUUGUUCUUAGUUAUUCUUCUUUGGUUCCACAUACACUUUCUCGUGGGAAAGAUUUUUGUUUAGUAGAACACAUUAUCUAAAGAAGAACAAUGAUCUUUUCUGUUCGAAGGUCAAGUAAUACAUUAUGGGUAGGAUCCUUUCUUAUUUUUCAAUUGGAAUGAAGCCAGUGGUGGUAGUGCAUGUGUAUUGAGAAUGCUCCCAGUAGCUCAAUGAUAAUUCUGAGGGUCUAUAUUGCUAAAAUAUGAUUUUGGUACCUACAAAAUAUAGAGAAAGAUAGCAUUAUAAAAGCUUGUAUGAAGUGCUACACUCUCUUAGUCUGGAAGAUGUCAAGAAGUCAAGCAAAGUUAGCUUACAGUCAGUUUGUGUCUAGAGCUCCAUUAUAGCACUAUAUAUUGAAUUUUUGCACUUUUGCAUGCCUAUGAUUACUUUCUUGUAAAUAAAGAUCACUUUUACCUUAUUUGUAUUGUGACCAGUCCCUUUCUUGAUUCACACUCUGAGCCAAAGAAUCCAAGUUAAUGACGUACUAAAUUUACAGAAGUUUCUCAUACUGUUAACUUUACUAUCCUUAUCUGAUUGGGAAAACAAUAUCUUUGGAUGUAGUCACCUAUGUCGGUAACAUUCUGUUAAGUGUGUUACUAUAUACUGCUUCGAUUUCAAUGCUCAUAGCAUUGACUGGUCAAUACUCUUUCUCUAAAGUGUGUUAGUAAAUGCUGUUUGGGGCUCAACACUUAUAACAUUGACUGGUCAAUACUCUCUGUAUAU